GUAAAAUAGAAAAAUAUAACAUGGGACAAAGAGUUUUUUCCCGAAAUAAUGCUAAUUAAAUAAAUAAUUCUCAAAAUACUGCCGUGUUAAGAAUAAUUCCCGAAAUAUUGCUGGGGUUAACCACGGUUAAGCAAAGCCGUCACUUGAAGUGGCGACUCUUCAUCUAUCCUCACAAAAGCCGCCACUCGGAAUGGCGGCUCUUCUAUAGUAAUACAAAAGCCGCCACUCGAAGUGGCGGCUCAUUAAUCCGUAGACAUGUCUCUUUCUUCCCAGACGACGAACGAAGCACUCCUCACUCUGCAGCAAACGACGGACGACGACAGCUGAACGAAGUGCCCCGAUUCCGGCCAGAUCUCGUCCAAACGAAGCUCAAAUCAAAGGGAAAAGACCCGUGGUGUACCCGAGGUCGUUUGUACUCCCUUCUAACGACUUUCUACCGUUUGAAUAGAGAAUAUGUCUAGAAACUUCUCCAUUGUUUAUCAAUGGGGAGAAAAUAUUAUCGAGGAGUCAAACGGAAUUCAUUAUGAAGGACGGAUUCGGAAGAUAGUUGUUGUUUCCCGUGGGGUGGAUCUUGCUGAAAUAAUGAAUAAAAUUUAUGUUGCAACAUCCAUCAAUCGUAUGAACAAGUUGGAUUUGAAGGUUAAAUAUCCCAUGCAUGGUGGAUCAUACAUGUUGAUGCCUCUUGCUGACGACGAAGCCGUUACAGGAAUGUGGACUGUAAUCGAGAAUCUUGAUAUGCAUACCAUGAAGAUAUAUGUUGAAGAAGUGGUGGUGUUGCCCAUACAACCUGGCCACCUGUCAUUCUCUUGUCCAUCCACAAGUGUUCCAGUUGUGAUGAAUAUGGUUACACAGGAGAAUGGAAGAUACGUAAAUAGUGAUGCAACGUUUCUGGUUUCACAGUGCAAUGACGACGAUGCAGAUGAAAAUGUGAACCAUGACACACUAACAGAUUCAGAUGAAGAUGGUGGUGAUCUCUUAAGUGGCAAUGCUCCAUCCAGCCACUACACUAAAGUUUAUGAGCUCCCUGUGGGAUUUGAUGAAUUGUGGAAGGGUUGUACAACUUUUAGUCGCUUCUCUGCAGAUGGUGAAUUCGAGGUUGGGCAAGAGUUUGAUGAUAAGAAACAAUUGAUCACCAUGGUUAGAGCGUAUUCUGUAAAGAGGAACCAAUUUUUCUCAGUUGUAGAGUCUGACAAACACAAAUGGGUGGCAGUGUAAGAGGAGAAAAGAAUGUGGCUGGACUUGGCGGAUCCGGGCUACUAAGAAACAUGAGAAGCUAGAGAUGUUCAAAGUUGUUCGUUAUGCAGGUCCUCAUAUACCUACUUGUGUAGGUAACGUCGAUAACAAUGACCAUGUUGGUAUCACAACUCAGUUCAUAGCCCGUGAAAUUAUUGAUCUUCUUCGUACCGAUCCAUCACUAAAAGUCUGCACUAUUAGUCAGCUUAUGAAGGAAAGGUACGUCUAUAUAACUUCAUACAAGCGAAGUUGGUUGGCUAAACAAAAAGCUAUCGGUGAAAUAUUUGGAGAUUGGGAGGCCUCGUAUUCUGAAUUGCCUCAUUUCAUGUUGGCAUUACAACAUUCCAAUCCAGGGACAGUCAUGCAUUGGUACCACUGAUGUUUAGCAGUUUCAAAGAGUUUUUUUGGCAUUUAAGCCAUCCAUUAAGGGCUUUAAACAUUGUCGUCCCUUACUGACCAUUGAUGGAACACUCUUAUAUGGGAAGUAUAAAGGUACGCUGGUUGUGGCAAUGGGUAGUGAUGAUGCUAAUCAUGACGGUGGAGAGAUGGGUGGGUUUUUAUUCCUCAUAAAGCUAUGGUCAUGGGAGCACAUUCAUAUCGGCAGACCUGUUAUACUGCGAUAUCAUGGGGUAGAUGGUGGUCCUCUUGAUGAUGCCACGAUGUACUUGGGCCACAUCAUGUCCAUGGCGAGGAUCCUUUGGGUCGUAGAUGGCUAUUUGCUCAUGUCACGCGCACGUCAUCCGCUGUUGGAUUAGGAUACUACCGAGAUGCUUUAGAUCACUUGUGUGAUGAUGAGAUGACGUGGAUGCCGUACACUGAUGAGAUUCUAGAACUGUUGCCUCCUAUUGUCCGAGAGCACACUAAGAUAUGGCGAGCACAUGUGCCCUUGAUAUGUUUUGAUGUAGUGGAGCAUCACUUUCCUGAUCGCGUACUACGCCAGUUCGGGUUGCAGCAGGUUACUCCCAGACCUUGUGAUACAUCUGUGGAUUUGCACAAGAUUGAUAGACGGGGGAAGCACACUGAAGAUUGGGGGAUGCACCAUAUUCAGUAUAUCACUAUGUGGGAUGAGAGAGCAGCAUAUAUAGUGGACGGGAUCCUAUCAUUAGUCCCCACAGCUUCUGUAGACUACAUGAGAUGGUAUUACACCAUCACACGAGUGUUUAUCUCUCCCAGUUUUCGUUUACCCACCAAAGGCAAAUCUCUUCAAUGAAAGGGUGUUCAUGUGAACACCCAAACAUAUUAAAACAAUGGGAAUAUAUAUGUGCGAGUUAGGGUGAUAAUUUAUUUAUUAGUAUUUUGAGAAGAAAAGUGUAAUUUUGAACACCCAAAAUAUACAUACUAGGUCCGCCAGUGUUACCCACUGAUCAUUACCAGCCUAGCCCAGUCGCUCUUCAUAUGACGAUAAACAAUAUAGUCAAUAAAAUAGCUUUAUUUAUUUAUUCAUGUGUUUUUCACUAAUAAUCAUGUUUGCAUUACAAACACGGGCUUUGCGUAGCAUCCAUGACAGAGCGACUGAUGUACUUGAUGAGGCGGUAGAUGUACAGGGAUACCAUGACGCUUGUUCAGGCAUUGUUUCACUGUACGCUGAUGUAUUGGGUCGAGUGGAUUAUGGAUAUAUGGCCACCUCUCAGCAUUCCACCGCAUCUACAUCCGCAGCAGGGUCUUCUCAGGCAGUCUGACGUGAUAGAGUUGUUCUUCAGCCUCGUAACCAGCGCAGGCGUCCCCGAGCACAG